AUGUCCAACGAUUCUACCAGCCAGCCGAUGGCCGGCAUUCACACCUUUGACCUGCCAUCCGUGUGGCUCGGUGACAUCGCGUUGUGGCUGCGCACUGCAGAGUCACGAUUCGCCCUCCGUCAGAUCACGCGAGAGGAUACGAAAUUUCACUAUGUUGUGGCAGCACUCCCAAUGGACAUCGCCACCGACCUCCGCGACAUCAUAGAUUGCCCGCCCACAGAAGCUCCUUAUACUGCCCUAAAGGAGGCUCUCAUUUCCCGCAUUUCCCUCUCAACGCAAAAACGUCUCCAACGUUAA